AUGAUUGAUAUUGGCGGAUGCUAUUCUGGGGUGUUAUCGAUUGGGUUGGGUUGGGGUUUGGGCUGUAGCGCUUUCCCCCGCCCCUGGACAUCGAGCAAUGGUUACCGAGGUCUGCACUUAAAACUCGCCGGUUGCGAUAACAACUGCCUCGAUUGGCAAUCGGAGAUGUGCCCGAUAUCCGGUCCCCGAGACAUCCCUGCCGCUCAUCCAUGCACCUCAUCGUCUCCCCCGGGCCCCAAGGGGAUGAAGGUUCCAUUCCCACACCGUCGUCUUUCACACCCCGACCGUUCGCCACGGGCUGAUGUUCCUCCCAACCCUUCCCACGUUCGGUUCCUAGACAACGGGGCUCCCGGUCUCUCAGUCUCGCUCGGUACGAAUGCCCUUUACAGUGGACUCGCUUUAGCCAUAUCUCGGUUCCAACUUCCCAAUCCUAUUCCCAUCCUCUUAUCCUACUCUCACACUGACGUUAUGUACCUGUUCGCUAAGAACACCAGAUAUGGAGCUGAUAUGUCUCCUUCGCCAUAA